GGUCACUUCAUUUUAGAUAAAAACAUACCCUAUAGAAACCUAAUUUAACUUCACUUCACUAUAGAAAUGGAGCAUCAAAAUAGUCACCAAAAGCCUCAUGCUAUAUUAUUUCCUUACCCUCUCCAAGGUCAUGUAAAUCCUUUUGUUAACCUAGCCAUCAAACUUGCACGCAAUGGAUUCACAAUUACCUUCAUAAACACUCAAUCAAUUCACCAACAAAUAUCGAAAGCCGGUCGAUCUAACAUUAAUGACGACAUCGAGGGCAACGAUCUCUUCUCGGGUGCACGAAAAUCAGGCCUUGAUAUCCAAUAUGUGACCAUUUACGAUGGUUUUUCUAUAGAUUUUGAUCGUUCACUUAACCAUGAUGAAUUCUUUGAAGCUAUCAUGAAUAAUUUUGGUUUCCAUGUUGAUGAGCUUGUUGGAAAAUUGGUCCUCUCAAAUCCAUCGAUAAAUAUACUAAUUGUUGAUACUUUUUAUGUAUGGUCAUCGACCAUAGCUAACAAGUAUAAUCUUGUGAAUGUCUCGUAUUGGACGGAGCCGGCUCUUGUUUUAAAUUUAUAUUAUCACAUGGACCUUCUAAGGAAAAAUGGCCACUAUGAUUGCAUUGAGAAUAAACGUGAGGACAUCAUAGAUUACAUACCAGGAGUGAAAGCCAUAAAGCCAACAGAUUUACCUUCUUAUCUUCAGUCUAAUGACACAAAUACGGUGGUGAAUCGAAUAAUCAAAAGGGCAUUCAAGGAGGUGAAAAAUGUAGAUUUUAUAAUUUGUAACACUGUCCAAGAACUCGAAUCCGAAACUAUUGCAGCAUUACUACAGUAUCACUCUAUUUAUCCAAUUGGACCAAUUUUUUCCCCUGGAUUCAUCAACACUUCAGUGUCAACGAGCCUAUGGUCCGAGUCCGAUUGCACCGAUUGGCUAGAUGCCAAGCCUCAUGGCUCGGUCUUGUACGUCUCAUUCGGGAGCUAUGCUCAUACUAGUAAAGAAACUAUAGUGGAAAUUGCACAUGGCUUAAUGAUCAGUAAAGUGAAUUUUAUUUGGGUACUUCGUCCUGAUAUUGUUAGCUCGGACGAAACUGAUUAUUUACCGUUUGGUUACGAAGAUAGUAUUAAGGAUCGAGGAUUAAUCGUGCCUUGGUGCUGUCAAACAGCUGUAAUUUCUCAUUCGGCGGUUGGGGGAUUCCUGACUCAUUGUGGAUGGAAUUCGAUCAUGGAAAGCAUAUGGUGCUCCGUUCCGUUUAUUUGUUUUCCCCUACUGACCGAUCAAUUCACUAAUCGAAAAUUAGUAGUCGAUGAUUGGAAAAUCGGAUUUAAUCUUUGUGACAAGGGUUCGAUUAGGAGGGAUGAAGUGGCAGAGAAAGUGAAAUUUCUUAUGAAAGGCAAAGAAGCAGAAGAAAUGAAGCAACGGAUUAAGAAAAUCAGGAAGGAAUUAGAGGAUGGAUUGGCAAUUAAUGGAUCAUCUCAAGUGAAUUUUACAAAAUUUAUGGAUGAUUUGGAGUCCAAAAUUCCGAAGAAAAAUGUGUUAGCCGUAAAAUUCGAGAAUCAGCAAUUAAACCAUAUUGUAAAAUGAUCUAUUAUGUAGCCCCUUAAAAAUAAUAGUUCCCUAUAUGGAAUAAUAUUGUUUAGUAUUCUCUCCAUUUUAAUUUGUUUGUGU